UAUCACGUGCUAUCACUGUCCCUGUACCUUUUCCCGAUAAAAAUAAAUACUUUAAAAAAAAGUUAAAAAAAAGUUAAAUUUAAAAAAUAAUAAUAAUUGCUUUCUUAAGUUUACGGUUGACUCCGACAAGAAUGAAUCUAGUAAUCAAAUGGAAUGGCAAGGAAUAUCUGCUUGAAGACAUUUCAGAGCAGAUAACAGUACUUCGACUAAAAGAGAUUAUAUAUGAAAAAACAAAGGUUAACCCAAUUCAUCAAAAGCUUCUUGGUAUUAACUUUAAAGGGAAGCCAUUUACUGAUGAUACAAAACUAUGUUUACUUUCGGUAAAGCCAGGAAUGAAAAUCAUGAUGAUGGGUACACAGGAAGAUAUUUUGUCAACUAUAAUAUCUCCUCCGAUAGAAGUAACAGAAACAAAUGUCAUUGAUGACUUUGAUAUUGAGGAAGAAGAAGUUCUUAUACAAAAUAGAGCAGAGUAUCUUGCAAAAAUUCAAAAACGAGUAGAUUCAUAUAAAGUAUAUGAAGUAAACCCUCCGAGACCUGGAAAACGAUUGCUUGUAUUAGAUAUUGACUACACAAUAUUUGAUCACCGCUCAUCAGCUGAAAAUGGUUUUCAAUUAAUGCGUCCGUAUUUACAUGAAUUUUUAGCAGCUGUUUAUCCAUGGUAUGAUAUCGUGAUAUGGUCUGCAACAGGUAUGAAAUGGAUAAAAGCAAAAAUGGAGGAACUGGGAAUGAUGAACAACGAUAAUUACAAACUGAUGUUUUUUAUGGAUAGUGGUGCAAUGAUUACAAUCCAUACUGAAAAAUAUGGGUUGAUUGAGACAAAACCUCUUGGAGUUAUAUGGGGUAUGUAUCCACAGUAUUCUUGUAAGAAUACAAUUAUGUUUGAUGAUUUGAGAAGAAACUUUCUUAUGAAUCCAUCAUCUGGUCUCAAGAUUCGUCCAUUUCAAAAUGCUCAUCAGAAUCGAAGUACGGAUUGUGAACUUCUACAUUUGUCAAAUUACCUACUUCAAAUUUUAGACGUAGAUGAUUUUACAACAUUGAGACAUAGCAGAUGGGAAAGUAUGGAAAUGCUGGCCAUAUAAGGCAAGAUUAAGAUUGAAGCUAAAAAAUAAGAAGAAGAAUUAAGAUUAUUUAUUAAAGAAAUAUAUGAAAAAAAUUAUGAUAUGCAAAUAAUUUAAUAUGUGUUUAUAAUUAUUUUUUAUUUCAAAUAUUUUAUUGACAUAAUGAUGGUUAUUGUCAGUAUUGAUGUUUAAUGUGAUUAUUUAUUUAAAUUUACCUGGAGCUCUA